AAGAACUAUAUUAGAACUCGAAUCAUCAAUAACAUAUACAGCAAACAAAGAACCUGAUGAAACAACUGUACCCGCUCUUGGAUAUUUAAAUGGUAUAAAAACAGGAAUAAGUAAAACAAUAAUUAUAACAAAGAACCUCUCUUCGUCAACAAAACCUUUAGAGAGCUAUGAAACAAAAGUAACUACAUUAUCACCAGCUUGGUCGAAGAUUCGUGAAUGCUGAGAAAACAGGAAUGAAUAGUACAGAAGUAAAUAGGAGUCAAGUUGUAGAGAAAACUUCAUCAAACGACCCAAAGAGACGUUCAAGAAAAUCGAAAAAAUGUAAAAUUAAAAUUAAUUCGGACAAAACAAAAAAUGACACAUUUACAUCUUACUUAAACAACAACACAACAAGACGUAAACGCAGAAGAAUGGAGAUCAUUAAAACUGAAGGAAUCACGUCAAAUAUUACAAAUGGUAUACCUGACAACAAGAGACUAGAAAACAAGGAUAAUGUAGAAACCACGCCCAAUACAAUUGAAAACUCACAAAUAAAUGACCAUAAAUUUGAAGAUAUUGCUUCAAAUAAUACAAUCAAAAAUGUCAGGAAAGCUGAAAUAACUAGCAUAAUACCAAUGAAACACCUUAAACCUGAAGAAACAACGUUAUAUGUAUUUGAAAACACACAAAUUCAACAAAGCUUGAUAAAUUUAACGGGAGGAAUCCUGGAAAAAAAGAGUUUAAAACUAACGGUAACUGCCAAAAAUAGAACUGAAAAUCACAUUGAACUUGUCACUAAGUUUACAGAAGCAAUAACAGUUUCAACUGAAAACUAUGCAUCUACUGAAAUAACAGUAAAUACAACCGAAAACCCGAAUGAAUUCAUAAUUAAUGAAAUGGAUGAUAAUACUAAUGAUGAAUAUCGAUUUUUUAAUGAGAGUAAUAAAAUUUCAUCUCUAGGCACAGCUAAAAUUAUUCGUAUUGUGUUAAAAAAUCGAAGAUAA